UGAUUAUCCCUAGACCUCAGUUAACCUGCACGUAUAUCGCACGCAGCUACCCUACAGUAAAUCACAACUCAAAGAUUUCAAACAAGUUUCAUACAAUGUCUCGCACCGAAUCAGGCAGCUUCAAACCGGUUGAAGAAGCCCAAAGACAAGAUCUUCCAGGGCUCGAAAAGGACAUGAAGCCCACCAGCGAAUCAACCGCUCUCGAAGGCAAACAUCAACACCAAGAGUAUCUCGCAGCCGGAAAGCUCAAAGGCAACAAAGCACUCAUCACCGGCGGAGACUCUGGCAUCGGCCGCUCAGUAGCAGUUCUCUUCGCCCGCGAAGGCUCGGACGUCACAAUCGUCUACCUCCCCGAAGAAGAGGAAGACGCCCGAGAGACCAAGAAAAUGGUCGAGAAGGAGGGCAAGGAAUGCCUCCUCAUCCCAGGCAACCUCAUGGACAACGAAACGUGCCGCAAGGCCGUUGAGCAGCACAUGCAAAAGUUUGGCGCCCUCCAUGUGCUAGUCAAUAAUGCGUCGAAACAGAUGAUGUGCGACGACAUUAGCAAGAUUGACCUUGAUGAUGUGGAAAGCACUUUUAGGAGUAACAUUUUGCAAAUGUUUGCAGUGACUAAAUAUGCGGUGCCGCAUAUGCAAAAGGGCGGCUCCAUUAUCAACACAACCUCUACAGUUGGGUUCCGAGGCACUGCGUCAAUGGUAGAUUAUGCAUCCACCAAGGGCGCCAUCACUUCAUUCACGCAAUCGCUGGCCAAGCAGCUCAUGCCCAAAGGCAUCCGAGUGAAUGCCGUAGCCCCCGGCCCGGUUCAUACGCCUCUGCAGCCGGCUUCGCGGCCCGCCGAACAGAUGGAGGGCUUUGGAGCCAAAUCUGGGAUUGGGCGGCCUGGCCAGCCGAGCGAGAUUGCUCCCUCUUUCAUAUUCCUCGCUUCCAAGGAUGCGGAGCUGUACUACGGACAGAUUCUGCAUGCCUAUCCGCUGGGCGACUAGGCUGGUACUCAAGAUUGGUGUAGCCUGUACUUAAAUGUGAAUAUAAUGAUCAAAAUGAAUAAUGAAAUUGCGAAUGAGAACAAC